UUCGCGAGCUAUUUACGUCCGGGCCGAAUUCUCGGGGCACGGAUGCCCGGAAGCAGCGACGGACGGAGAAAAUAACUGGCGUUAAUUAGUGGGACGCGAAAACAAAGAGGGUGUUUGUUGUUGUCGUCGACAAGGCAUCGUCACUCCUUCUUUUUCUCCCCGCUGUGAGCAGAGUCUAGUGCUCUGCGCAAAAAAGCAGCGCUCAUUCUAUUUUUGCCAGUCGGUACACGUACCAAACAAAAAAGCCUUGACGACCUGAAAAACCUCAUUUCGCUCUACCGAGACUCGGCCCGCAAAUGAAAAAGGCCCGCUUGGAGAACAGCUAUGAAGUGCAGCAGUUGGAGUUGCUGUGUAAACACCUAUACGAGUCUGGAAAUUCUGCCGUGAGAGCAGAUGCAGAGAAGGCUCUGGUCAACUUCCAAAAUGCGCCUGACACUCUGGCCAAGUGCCAGCUGCUGCUGGACAGAGGUGACUCGAGCUAUGCUCAGCUCCUCGCAGCGACCACCCUGACAAAGCUAGUGUCCAGGUCGGCCCAGGGACUCUCCCUUCAGCAGCGAAUUGACAUACGAAAUUAUGUGCUGAAUUAUUUGGCCACCAGGCCGAAAUUGGCCAAUUUUGUGGUGCAGGCCUUGGUGACCUUGUUUGCGAGGAUCACUAAACUAGGCUGGUUUGACGUGGACAAGGAUGAAAACGUGUUUCGAAAUGUCAUUGCUGACAUUACGAAAUUUUUGCAAGGAUCCGUGGAACAUUGCAUGGUCGGCGUGCAGCUUCUUUCUCAGCUGACAUGUGAGAUGAACCAGAUUUCGGAAGCAGACGCCAGCCGCUCGCUCACAAAGCACCGGAAAAUUGCUUCCUCCUUCCGAGAUACUCAGUUAUUUGAGAUUUUCAGACUUUCUUGCACUCUGUUGGGCCAAGCGAGAGAGAACUGCAAAAGCCUAAAUUUCAACGAUGAGAGCCAACACGGACUGAUGACUCAGCUUCUGAAGCUGGCUCAGAACUGUUUGACCUUUGACUUCAUCGGCACUUCAACAGAUGAAAGCUCGGAUGACUUGUGCACUGUGCAGAUACCCACCAGUUGGAGGCCCGCAUUCCUCGACUUUGCCACUUUGAAGCUCUUCUUUGACCUGUACCACUCUUUGCCGACGUCUCUCUCUUCUUUAGCGUUAUCGUGCUUAGUGCAGAUUGCAUCUGUGCGUCGUUCUCUCUUCAGCAACACUGAGCGCGCCAAGUUCCUCACCCAUCUGGUCAAUGGAGUUAAAAACAUUCUCCAAAAUCCGCAGGGAUUGAGCGAUCCAGCCAACUACCAUGAGUUUUGCCGCCUGCUAGCCAGGCUCAAAUCAAACUAUCAGCUGGGCGAAUUGGUGAUGGUGGAAAACUAUCCAGAGUCCAUACAGCUCAUCGCAAAGUUCACCGUUGAAAGCUUACAGAUGUGGCAGUUUGCCCCAAACAGUGUGCACUACUUGCUAAGUUUAUGGCAGCGAAUGGUGGCUUCCGUGCCAUACGUCAAAGCGACUGAGCCGCACCUGCUAGAGACAUACACGCCGGAAGUGACCACCGCUUACAUAACUUCAAGGCUUGAGUCUGUAGCUGUGGUUGUGAGGGAGGGUCUUGAGGAUCCUUUGGACGACUUGGGCAUGGUGCGGCAACAACUUGAGCAGCUCUCUGUAAUUGGUCGAUGUGAAUACCAGAAGACUUGCUCCCUGUUAGUACAACUGUUUGACCAGGCUGCCCGCUCGUACCAGGAGCUGGCGGGAAAUAUGGCUCAGACUAUGAACAUCACCAUUCAAGAAGGCCGGUUGACUUGGCUAGUCUAUAUAAUUGGUGCUGCAAUCGGCGGACGCGUCUCUUUUAAUAACAAUGAAGACCACGACGCCAUGGAUGGCGAACUGGUCUGCAGGGUUUUGCAGCUGAUGAAUCUGACCGACUCUCGGCUCGGUCAGUCAGGCUGUGAAAAGCUCGAGCUGGCUAUGUUGAGCUUCUUCGAACAAUUCCGCAAAAUCUACGUUGGUGAUCAGGUGCAGAAGAAUUCCAAGGUGUACCGAAGGCUCUCAGAGGUGCUCGGCUUGAGUGAAGAGUCUAUGGUUUUGAGUGUUUUUAUCAGGAAAAUAAUUACCAACCUGAAGUAUUGGGGAAGGAGUGAACAGAUUAUAUCCAAGACGCUUCAGUUGUUAAACGAUCUCUCUGUUGGCUAUAGCUGUGUUCGAAAGCUUGUUAAACUUGAAGAAGUCCAAUUUAUUCUCAAUCAUCACACGAGUGAACACUUUCCGUUCUUGGGAAAUUCCGCUGCCAUAAGUGAAAUGAGGUGUAGAUCAAUGUUCUACACUUCACUUGGAAGACUACUAAUGGUUGAUUUAGGAGAGGAUGAAGAUAGAUUCGAUAAUUUCAUGAUGCCAUUGACAGCGUCUUUCGAGUCUAUUGGGCAGAUGCUAUCUAGCUCCAAAAGCAACCUGUUUCCGGCAGAGGAGGCAAAGAAGUCACUAAUUGGUCUUGCUAGGGAUCUCAGAGGCCUGGCCUAUGCAUUCAACACAAAGACAUCCUACAUGAUGCUAUUCGACUGGAUCUAUCCUGCAUACACUCCUAUAAUGCUCCACGCAAUUGAAUUGUGGUUCCAUGACCCACAAGUGACGACACCUGUGCUCAAGCUUUUUGCUGAGCUUGUUCAAAAUCGGUCACAGCGACUUCAGUUUGAUGUCUCGUCGCCUAAUGGCAUUCUUCUAUUUAGAGAAGCUAGCAAAAUCAUCUGCACCUAUGGUGAGCGAAUUUUGAGUGUGGACAUUUCGAAGGAUCAGAUAUACCCGAUGAAGCUGAAGGGUAUUGCCAUUUGUUUUGGCAUGCUGAAGGCAGCUCUCUGCGGCAGCUAUGUCAAUUUCGGCGUGUUUCGCCUCUACAAUGAUGAAGCGCUAGAUAACGCUUUGAAAACUUUUGUUAGCAUGCUUCUCGCCAUACCACAAUCUGACUUAUUGGACUACCCGAAAGUUUCCCAGACGUAUUAUGUACUGCUGGAGUGUUUGGCGCAGGACCACAUGAGUUUCCUUGCCAGCCUGGAGCCUAAUGUGUUCCUCUACAUUCUUUCUUCGAUAUCCGAAGGGUUGACUGCUUUAGGUGGGAAUCUCAACAUGUUCACAGACACCAUGGUGUGCACUGGUUGUUGCACCACCUUGGACCACAUUGUCUCUUUCCUCUUCAAGCAACUCACCCACAAAGGCAAGAAGAGCAGACGGGCAAGCGUGAACCACAGGGAGGGUGAGGUGUUUUUGCAAGUGCUUGAACAGCAUCCUGAGAUACUCCAGCAAAUCCUGUCCACUGUACUGAACAUAAUUAUGUUUGAAGACUGCAGGAACCAAUGGUCAAUGUCCCGCCCUUUGCUUGGACUGAUCCUCUUAAAUGAGGAGUACUUCAAUCAGUUACGGGAGAGCAUCAUUCGAGCCCAAUUGCCUGACAAACAACCGGCCAUGGCCCAGUGGUUUGAGAACUUAAUGGACGGCAUCGAGAGGAAUUUGUUAACGAAAAACAGAGACAGAUUUACCCAGAAUUUGUCAACGUUCCGGCGGGACAUUAACGAUUCGCUCAAAGGUCCAAACAUGGCAGCAGUUGCCUCUGGAAGUGACAUGAUGACAUCCUAGUCUGGAAUGUGAGGACUUGUGCUGACUUUUGUCACUGUGUGAGGGUAAAUGUGCCGAGAUUUGUGAUCCGUGGUUGGAUUAUCUGAAGAGUAAUUAAUUCACAUCAAUCGUUGUUGUCGACCCCAUCUAAAAGUUUCAGAGCAGCAAUCGUAUCCAAAAUUUUAAUCCGCGUGCGAUUUUAUGACAUUAUUCAUCAUUAUUUGCCAUUGAGUUUUCUCUAUUUUAUUCUAAUUUAUUGUACAGCACAAACUUCCGACUUUAAUUAGUAUGAAUUGUUUUAUAGAGCACCUCUGUGAUGCUAUAUAUUACCUCAGAAGCAAUAUUUGGGAGUUGAAUCGAAGUACGGUUGUGCUGCCUGUUUUAAGCAAUUAGUUCUUGGUUACAAAGACAUUCCUAUUAUUAAUAUAUUAUCGGUCAUUAGCCACCACUGGAUAUAACAUUACUCAAAAUCAUUGGUUACAAUUUAAUGUAUGAAAGUUGUCAUGACGUGAGUUGGAGAAUAAAUUGGAAAUUUUCAUAAGCUUCA